UUCAGUUGUCAAUUUUGUAAACAAUAUGGCAGCCCCCAUUCGAAAUGCUUUUAAUCGUGGGGAUAAAUUUAUCACAGUCUUUUUAAAACUAAAAUCUGUACAUCCAAAUUCUUUUAGCAUUUCUGCAUAUGCUUAUAAAGAACGUAGAAUAACGACUCGGAAAUUUGAUUCAUUCCACUACUGUUUAGAGACAGUACGCAAAUAUGAUCAUGAAAACUAUUUGUGCACCUUGCUGCUUCCUCGACAUGUGCGUUCAGAAGCAUUUGUCAUAAGAGCUUUUAAUGCUGAAGUAUCCCAGGUGAGAGAAGUUGUAUCAACUACAGCAAUUGGGCAAAUGAGGAUGCAGUUCUGGACAGAUGCACUUGGAAAAACAUUUGCUGGCAACCCUCCUGAUCAGCCAGUGACAAAAGAAUUAGCUAAGGUUCUUCAAAGGCAUAAACUAUCCAAAGCAUGGUUUCAAAGACUAAUAUCUAGUCGAGAAGCUCUUUUAAAUGAUAAACCAUUUCUUUCCAUCAAAGAACUUGAAGAAUAUUCUAAUAUGGCUGUAGUUCCUGUAUAUUUAUUAAUUUUACAAACUUUAGGUAUAACCAGUGUUCAUUGCGAUCAUGUUGCCAGUCAUAUAGGCAUAGCUCAAGGAAUAUGUAACAUACUUCGUGGUAUCCCUUACAAUGCUUCAAAAGGGAGAGUGUUUCUACCAUUAGAACUUAUGAGCAAGCAUAGAUUAUCGCAAGAAGGACUAUUACAUGGAGAUCAAAAGAAAAAUUUACAAGAUGCUGUAUAUGACCUAUCCUGUGUGGCUCAUCAACAUCUUCAAAUGGGAAGGAAACUGCAUAAGGAUGUGCCUGUUGAAGUAAAACCAGUAUUUCUUCCUGCAGUACUAAUGAAAGCAAAAGGGAUUGAUUUAAUGUGAGCAGUGCUAAACAUUUUGCCACUCGCUGCAAGUUUUAUGAUUUGUAAAUUGUACCAUCCAGGGCUGUCCCAAUUUUCUAAAAUUGUUUCACUGAUUGCAUUCACAUUGGUUGCACAUGCUCUGGUGCUGGCUCUGAAUGUGAGUAAACUUGUAAUACUAUAAUUUCAAUUCUGUUUAAUCUUCAAAAUUGUAGUACUGUAAAUUUUUUCACAUUAUGCCAAUUCCUCUUGCAUAAUAUUGAUUUCUUUAGCAUGUACCUUUUUGGCAUUUCUUUUGUAAUAAAUUGAUUAAUUUUUUUUUUUUACGUUAAAAAAUUAUUUUCUCCAGCUAAACUUUGUUCAUACUGCAAGGUACUAAAGUUUAAUUUUAUCAGUUGAUAAUAGUGAGAUUAGUAUGUGAGGUCAAAGUAACAUUCAAAAACAAUCAACUUUUGAGAAGAAAACCCUAACUAUAUAAAAAGGACUAGAUUAAUAUUAUGAAAAAUACAGUGAGAUGUAUUAUUAAGGGCAUAAAAAAUAAUUUAGUUUAAAAGAGAAAAUAUAAUAGAAAUUGAUACAGCAAUAUAGGACAUACUUAGAAUUUUCUUCAUAAGUCCUGCGAUAUUUAUCAUAUUGUAUUUCUUAAAGUAAUUCUUUUUGCUGUGACUUUGCUGGUAUUUAAAAUGUGAAAUGAUUUGAUUCCAUGUAUUUGAAAUAAUACCUAUUUAUUUGGUUUGGAAUUGGCUUACUUUUUU